AUGGCUACUUCAAACCUGCCCGAUAGAUGGCGUCCAGCCCACAUGAGCCUCAACCAGUUUGAUGCUGCACUGAAGCAGGCCUGCCUAAAUAACGCCGGUUUCAACUUUCCGCAGAGACCAUACAAGAAAGCCCGAGUUCUCUGUGUCCAUUUCGAAAGAGAGAAACAACCUGGGAACCUUCAAAUCGAAAGCACAAGCGACCGCAUCCGAGAUGUCUUCCUUAAGACUUAUGGCUACGAUGCUGUAUCAUUCAUGAUCAGGGAUGGUGAUCGUGAUCCUGAAACAAGUCUGAGGUCGGCGCUCACCGAGCUCGUGGCAGACAUGGACGAGGAGUGCCUCGCCAUCCUCCACUACAUCGGUCAUGGGGAGCAAGUUUUCAAUCCAUCUCGAAACCGUCAAGAACUUCAUCUCAGGCAAUCACCCUCACCCGCCACUCGAUUAGGAGCAUUGCAGGAUCCAAUGAUCUCUUUUAAUCGCCUCAGAGAAGAGAUCCUUGACCAGACCCCAUCAAACGUCCUGAUUCUUCUCGAUUGCUGCCAUGCGGCUAGUGGCAGCAUGGGACAAAGAAAGGAACUCAUCGCCGCCUGCAGUUUCGAGAGUCAAUGCGGGGGAGGCUCUCGCGGGUUCACAAACAACGUCGUUCAGCAGCUAGAACAUGCCUACAAUCAAGGGCAAGUCUUGAGUACAUCGCAGUUGUACAACCGACUGGCUACCAAGCAUUUUAUCACUCAGGGUGGACUACCAGAGCUGGCAGCCAUGCCCAUUUUCCUCCAGCACUAUGACGAACAUAUCACCCCGGUUUUCCUUAUGCCCAGUCGUCUCGGCACUCAGCAGCCUUGGAAUCCAUCCUCUACCCCAGAAACACUGGGUGCCAUGCAGGGUUGGAUUGGAAGUCGCCCAUACCAAGUAGGUCACGUCAGAGUCGAUAAAGUCUACAAAUCAUCGUCCAUCAUCGUCAUAUUUGCUACCACAUUUUGUUUGUGGCAUAGCUUACCCCAGAUCUCCGCCAUCAACUUCAUUGGUUUUGAGUGUCAAGAGACGCCACCUUACCAACAAACCUUUCAAGCUUCAGCAAAAAAGGAAAAUAUCCCGCCAAUCUACGCGCAUCAAGCUUCAGUCCGAGAACCGGGUUACAAGCAUCCACUGUCCCCCAAGAAGCAAAAUUAG